UGUCUCCCCGGAUCAGCCAUGCUCAUUGUGCUUUUCUGUGACACUCUUUGGCAAUGGCUUCUUCCAAGUUCCUCUGGGGACUGCGUGGCAGCUCCCUUACCCUGGCUCAGCUUGCCCUUAUUGUCUGUCCUUCAUAUGUCCUCUUCGGUUACAAUCAGUCCAACCUAGGAGGUCUCGUCUCUCUAUCUGACUGGAUUGCCCUAUUUCCUCGGAUCGACACGCACACUACAAGUGGUGCACAAAAGAGUGACAAUGCUACUGUCCAGGGUGUUGUCAUUGCAUGCUUCACACUCGGGGCCUUGCCCGGCUGCCUAUCAUGCUCCUAUACAUCAGAUAAAUUCGGCCGUCGUCCGGUGAUUUUUGUUGGAGCUGUCUUGACACUUAUCGGACAGAUUCUGGAGGCAUCUGCAUUCCAUCUCGCCCAGCUAGUAGUCGGCCGUACGAUUCUCGGUGUCGGUGUCGGUAUGCUCAGUGGGACAGUCCCAACCUGGCAAAGCGAAUGCUCAAACUCAAAGAACCGUGGCAAACACGUCGUCUUAGAUGGUCUCUUCAUCUCUCUCGGUUAUGCCCUACAGGCCUGGAUCAACCUGGGCUUCUACCAGUACGAAACCGGGCCUGUGACCUGGAGACCACCCGUUGCGCUACCUUGCUUCCUAUCCCUCGUGCUCAUGGCAUCUAUAUUCUUCAUGCCUGAAUCGCCCCGCUGGCUUGCGCGCGAGAACCGGGUCAGCGAAGCCCAGGACAGCCUCUCUGCACUGAAAGACUCGCCCAUCGAUUCACCCGAAGUUACGUCCGAAAUCGUCAGUAUUGAGGCGUCUCUAGAGCAAACUGCCGACCACGCCGGUAGUCUCCUGGAUCUAUUCAGCAUGGGCGAAGGCCGCCUCCUCUACCGCUUCAGCAUCUGCAUCCUACUGCAAUUUUACCAGCAGAUGGCCGGCGGAAACCUCAUAUCGGUGUAUUCGACCGUCAUCUUCCAACAAGGCCUCGACCUAGAUGCUCAAACAUCACGGAUCCUAUCUGGAGGAACACUCACCUGGAAGCUCAUAUCCUGCUUUGUCUCAUUUUUUACAAUCGACAGACUCGGGCGUCGAUUUGCCUUCAUCGUCAGCGGCACGGGCAUGGCAGCUUGCAUGCUAGGACUCGCAGUGUCUACUUCAUUCCCUCGAUCAAACUACGCAGCGCAGAUUGUCAGCGUCCUCUUUAUUUUCCUCUUCAACUUCUUCCUCCCCGUCGGUUUCCUCGGCGCAAACUUCCUCUACACUACAGAGGUCGCACCAACCCGGCUCCGUGUAGCUAUGUCCAGCAUCUCGACUGCGAACCACUGGCUUUGGUACGUUGUUUCCUUCUAUUAUACGGGUUCAGAAAUAACAGCUAACCAUGUAAUGCUAUUAAGGAACUUCGUCGUAACUAUGAUAACCCCCGUCGCGAUCGAAAGUAUCGGAUAUAAGUACUACAUCGUAUAUACCUGCAUCGGUUUCUGCAUCCCACUGUCGAUAUACUUUCUCUACCCCGAGGUUUGUCUUCCACCUUACCUUUUAACAUCCUGGUUCAAGAAAUGUGCUAAUGGAAUAAAAGACUAUGGGACGUAGCCUUGAAGAAAUCGACCUUAUAUUCCGCGAAAGCCCGUCCGUGCUUGCUACCGUGAGGCAUGCAAAGAAGAGACCCAGUAUCCCACUUGACCAGCAACUGUCAGGAAAGGCAUCGGCUGAACAUGAGGAGGUGGUCGAGGAGAAAAGUGAGGUUUGAUUGUUGGGGUUACUAAGACUCGUCUUGUUGAAGCGGUAGAGCCGUA